AUGGCCGAUGACAUGGCCGCCAGCGAAGUGUUUACGACCUUUAGAGGCGACGUGCUGUUCUUUUCUCUUUUAAAUACGGGCAGCAACGAUGAAAACUGUAUUGAAGUUCAAAUCUUCGGCUUUUCUAAAUCUUCUAGAUCCUUCACAAGAACUGCAAAGAAACUGUUGCCCCUUGGAAUUUUAGGAUGCAAACUAGAACUCGUAUCUGCAAGUUGUUUGAUGAACUCAACCGCAGGAAUGUACCAGCCUUUUAUUUUGCUACGCCAGAUUCGCAUGAAGCAUUCCAGCACACAAAAGUUGCAUGUAUUGCUUCUAGAAGACUAUGAUUCGGUUAUUCUGCAAGGCAGUUGUGAGAUAAGUCACGUCUCACCAAUACAGAAUAUUGAAUUUUAUUUUUGUGAUGGCCCCACAGUUUGUUGGAAUUUUGAAGGGGUUAUGUACUUUGCAUGCUAUGAUGCUGUUCUUGAGAAGUUUACAACUGAUUCUGUAACGGUUGAUAACUCUAUGGAUGAAAGAUCAGGUGUGGAAUUUAAUAUAUUUUGGUGUGGGUUAUUAAGAGGCCAAGUUGUUUCCAUGGGAGUAAAAUCAGAAAUGACAGAUGAUGCCAGCACCUUAGAAAGAUGGACAUGUGUCAAUCAUACUCAUAAAGAUGUUCAAGAAGUCUCAUUGGUUCCAAAUCUGUAUGUUCCCAUAGCAACAUGCUGCCAUGUAAGAGAACCCUUAAAUGUAGGGGAAUUUGGGGGUAAUUCUGCAUAUGAUAAUGUGAAUGUGUAUUUAGCAACAAACAGAGGACAGCUCCUAAGCUUUGUGAAUGGAAGGUUCAAAACCCACUGGCAGUUGCCAUUUAAAGACCCUUGCAAAAUGUGGAUUCUGGAGCUUACUCUAGCUGAGGCAAUGGUAAUUGUAGCAUCAAAAUCCAACAGGGUUGCUUUGAUUGACUGCAGAAAGAAGCAGGUUUUGAAGGAAUGGGAGGAGGCUGCAUUUGUUCUUACAGAUGACUUCUUAGAAAAUGGAAAUGAGCAAGUUCUUUUAUUGCCUCCAAAUCUCACCAUUUCUGAUACUGGAGAGUUUUCCAAGUUUUAUUUGUUAGAUGUUACACAAGGAAUGGUGGCCAUUGAAAGCAAUCAGAAUUCACCUUCUGCCCAGUCACAAACAGUAACAGACUCGCUGCAGAAAACUGCAAGUGCACUGAGGACAACCCUACAGGCCAGGGGAUCUAGUUUACGUGAGGCUAAAAUGGAAUUAAAUGAAAAACUGAAAAUGGUGGAACACUGUUGUAAAGUAUUGAAAGACAUAACUUGUCCCUCAGGAGCAGGCAAGAAUGAGCAAAGGAAAAAGGCUUCAGGUCUCCAGUGUCUCUUGGAAGGGGAUCUUGGAGAAGUCAAGGCAGACAUGAGUGGCCCCCUGAGUUCAGAGCCAGAAUCAGCCCUGAAUGUCAAGGAAAUAUGGCAGCGUAUCUUGUAUGACCAGUGGAUAAUAGGUGUUGAUGUAGAGAAUAUUGGUGCAAGGGCUGUAUGUGAUCUCACAAUUGGACUUGUGAGCAGCCAGACUAUGGAUACUUCCUAUUCAUCAAAGACUGUGUACUGUAGUGAUCACAGAUGUCAUCAUCAACAUCCAAAGAAAGAAGAGAGUUCAGACUCUGUCCAGUCUCCAAUCUUGAAGAAGAAAAAAGUGGAACAUUCUCAACCUUUGACUGAUCUCCAGCAGUUGUCACCAGACAACCAAACCAGAUUGACAGCUGUGUGUUCCCUACCAAGAUUCACAUUGUCAGACCGUUGUCCCAUGUCUGUUGUGAUGACAUGGAGAAGUUAUCAUGGUAAUGGAAGUAUUGAGCAGCAUUCCAUGCACUGUGGACAUGUAACAUUGUGUGCAGCACAGGUUAUGGAUGGCAGUCUACAAGUGAGCAGGAACUUGGAUUCCAAAUCAUUUCAUCAAGAUAUUGCAGCCCUGAGAUCAGUCUCAAUUGAAACAGAGCUCUUAUUACAAGGCAGUAUUUCACGUCCCCACCAUAUGAUUGCACUUCUGAAGAGUUCAAUUAAAGAGGUGCCAGUUGUACAGAGAGAACCUGGAGACCACAAGGACAUUUUUGGCCAACUCAUUUCUGUUCUUCGUGAGAAUGGCCCUUUAUGUGGCACGGGAAUCCUUCUAAAAGAUGAGCUUCAAAGGGGAAAAGUAACCCUUAUUACCAGAAACAAGAAUCAAGUAUUCCUGCUCCUACACAGACUUCGGCAAAUCCUCCCAGACGAUGUGCGUAUUUUAGCGGAUCCUGAACUGGACUUUACUCACGUUAAGAACAGUCUGAGCGCUAUAAAUCAGGAGAUUACAAACUUGGAGCAGAAUCUUCGCAACAUGCUGCAGAACCCCAACAAAUCCCAUCCAGGCCCACUCGCCAGUAACGAGCGUGGCCUUCUACGCGGAAGCGACGACAGUGAUAGCAUUGCAGUUCUAAGGGAGAGUUUUGAACGGAAGAGGGUCAGGGAAAUGACACAAAAUGAAGGGCUAGGUGAAAUGUGUGAUUUUGAAAAAUUUUGGGAUGAUGUUGUCAACGAUCAAUUGAGAGUUGAUCAAGCUGUUGCAGAAGUCUGAGGCAGUAGGACGAGUCUAGGUCGCGAGGGUCAAUUAUGUUUCUCUUAAGUAAUUUGGUAAUGUAAACUGAGUUGAUAACGUAAAUUGGCCACCGUUAAGACUUUCAAAGCUGACGUUUCGAGCGUCAGUCCUUCGCUAACUCGAGACGUCAGCUCUGAAACUCUUUACGGUGGCCAGCUUACGUUAUCAACUCAGUUGGCAAUGCCAAAUUACCAUUACCAUGUGGUACUCCCACCGACGCAGCAACACAGUUUCUUUAGAAACUUACCACUAUUUUUCUAGGGAAAAAAUACACAACCACUCAAAAAAAUUAUCUAUGUACAAACGAAUUUAUUUUAUUCGCAAAGUAUCUAGUAUCACACUCAGAUAUUAAAAAUAAUGAAACUACCUGAAUUCCCAGGGAUUCUCCCAUAGUAUGGCUCUCAGUCUUUUUUAGAGCCUGGUGAUUUAGAGUCUACAAUUACACGAGUUUUUACAAACCCUCACCUUAAGGGAAAAUAAAUAUUCUUAGUGAUCCACAAGAUUCGAAUAAGUAGUGAUGGAUUACAUUUUA